AUGUGGGUGGCGGAUAUAGCGACCCGGAUGGGCGAGUUUGCUGAGUCAAGGGACCAGGUGCUUGGCCGUGGCCGACACGAGCUGCCAUAUGUGUUCGCCGCCUGGCUUCUUGGUGGUCUCGAAGAAAAUAGAGAGAGAUAUAUAUGUCCAGUGCGCCAUGGGACUUUGAUACCUGCGGCAUCUAUACCUUUCUUUUCGGGCUUCGGGUCAAUGCCGGCGUCGCGCUCGUGCAAGCCAAGGUCGCGACAGGCGCGUCUGAUUACGAGCUCCUCUUGCGCCCAAACGACUAUCCCCCACCACAAGUUUAAUGAAAAGGCUCUCGUGCGAUGGGACUGGCAGCGGAGGACAGGUUUCACCGAUACGCUGGCCGAGCGGGGAAAGAAAAAGUCGCACGCGCGAUGCUCAAUGUGCUUGCUCACCAUUUUCUACGCCAUGCUGGGCCAGAUGCCCCGAGGCUCAGAGGGUGAGGAAUUUGGCGUCGAAUCCUGGGACGAGAACGGCGGGCGCACAAGAGAAAAAUACGUCUUAGCGCCGAGCCUGGGCCUGUAG